GCACACGCAUCCUCGUUUAGUGCUAAUUACAAAAUAAUUGCAGGGGACUUCAAUCUUCCAGAAGUCAAUUGGCUAACUAGUUCCGGCCCCCAACGCUUCGACGAAUUACUUGCCACUAUCGACUGUUAUGGAUGGCAACAACACGUCCAGACACCUACUCGUGGUGACAACAUGUUGGACCUUGUUUUUUGUCAUGACACAAUCCCAGUAUCCACCUAUGUUGGUAAUAGAUUUUCCAGUAGUGACCAUAGAAUGGUACUCUGCUCUCUGCCUUUCUCACCACUAAAUACAGGAAACAAACAAGACUCAGGAAGCACAAUAUGUCGUAGUUACAAAUAUACAGACUGGGGAUUAGUCCAAGAACUUAUUCGACUCUGUCAAUGGGAUGACUAUUUUACCACUGACUCCCUGGAGGCCUUAGUAACCCUGUUUUACAGGAAUGUUACCCUUUGUCUAGAUACAGUUGCUCCAAAGAAAAUAGUGAAAUUAAGUAGACACCGAACUGAAUAUAUUCCAAGGGCACACCGUAAUAAGUUAAGGAAGCUGAAGAAACAGUACUAUUCCACUAAGGACAUAUCACUAUUGCUCUCAAUCCACGAGUCUCUUGAAUCUCUCAAGCGCCUACGCUCUCAAAAGGACCUCGACGAAGAGUUAACGGCACUUGAAAGUACCUCCAAAGUUUAUAACUUAACGGCACUUCUUAAAAAACGAAUGCAGUCGGCGAGGGAAAUCCCAUACUUACUUCACGACAAAGUAAUCUACAAUGAACCUGCCACUAUCUGUGAACUCUUCAGUGAUUGGUUUGCAAACUUUAGUUUAGAAACACAUAUGCCUGGUGAAACCGCUCCCCUUACUAUCUCUUCCCUUGAAAGCAUUGUGUUCACUAAUCAGUUAAUAGUACAAGCAAUUAAAAGCCUUAAACCUUCCACUAGUACGGGACCGGAUGGCCUCGCUUCGAUAAUUUUCAAAAACAGUGGGUGUGAUAUACCCUUGUUACUUCUUAAAUUCUUCUCAAUAUCUAUGGACACUGGCACUUACCCUAGUGAGUGGAAAACUAGCUUCAUAAUUCCACAUUACAAAUCUGGUGAUAGGGCAAACGUCCGCAAUUACAGACCCAUAAAUAUAACCCCAGUUAUCUCACGAAUCAUGGAGAAAGUUGUAAAAGAUCAAUUGUCAGACUACCUAAUUAGGGAAGAUCUUGUUACAAGGUCUCAACACGGAUUUCUCAAAAAUAGAUCCUGCGUUACUUGCCACUUCGACUUUUUCAACUGCAUCACUAGUAGUCGCGAAGCACGUAAGCUAGUCGUUGUUCUCUACUUCGAUAUAUCUAGGGCAUUUGACAUGGUAUCUCACAGUAUUCUCUUUGAGAAGCUGUACUCUUGUGGAAUUCGCAACCCAUUACUGAACUGGUUAAAAUCAUUUCUAAGCAACAGGGUACAAAUAACCAAAGUUGGAUCUGUAUUGUCUCAUCCUAGGCAGAUCUCAAGUGGGGUCGUGCAAGGUAGUGUCCUAGGUCCACUUUUAUUCACAAUCUACAUUAACAGCAUUUGCAAGUGCUUCACCUUAGGCAAACCAUUCCUAUAUGCUGACGACCUCAAAGUCGUCUACUCCUGCUACACUCAUGAAUUAAGCGAUAUGGUUACUAAAAUACAUCUUGAACUAAGUAGUCUCGCAUCAUGGUGUGCCGAUUCCUGUCUAAAUUUUAACAUUGACAAAUGCGGCUGGAUUUGUAUCGGCAACAGUAACCUUGAUCUAACUCUUGAAAUAAAUGGGCGAAAACUAGCUAAGCUCAACUCAGUCGUAGAUCUCGGUAUUAGAUACUCUAGUAACCUAACGUUCGCUGAACAGACUGAUUAUGCCAGACGUAAAACGCGAAGGCUGAUAGGAUGCAUAACACGCAAUUUCUUUUGUUGUGAAACUAGGGUUUUAUUAUACAAAGUAUGUGUCCGACCUAUCUUAGAAUACUGCCCGUUUAUUCUUAGCGGACUAAGACAAAAUGACAAGCUUAAAUUAGAGGGAGUGCAACGGCAGUUUACCUCAAGAACUCUUGGUUUAGAAAGUGGUCUGGAAUACCAUGAGCGAUGCGAAAGACUAAGAUUAGAACCCCUCUGGAAAAGACGCCUUAAGCUAAACCUUAUCUUUUACUACAAGCUAACUAAUCUUCUCUUGCAUUCCUCCGAGCCAAUAACUAAACCUACCGCUGUCAUCAGUUACAAUCUUAGAAAUCAUCACAACCUAGCUGCUAUGGAGCACUGUCAGACUUACGUGCGGUACAACUUCUUCUUAAAUAAGUUUUCAGUCAUUUGGAAUAGACUACCAGCUAAUGUGCGCGAUGCAAACACACUUCCAGUGUUCAUCUCCUCAGUCACCAGACUACUCAAAGAUGACAAUGCACUUUUGCGCCUGACUCUUACACCUUCUUUUUCACCCUACAUAGAUAUUUUAAGUUCUUUAAACGUGUAGUUACAACAAACUACAAUUAUAAAUUUUAAUAUUAUUGGAACUAGAUGAUUAACAUUUCUACACAGGACAGUAAUAAUAUUAGUUUACACAUAAUAUAAAAGUUAGCAUAACGGGACUAGUUAGUUUGUGUACCAAAAUAACCACAGUUACUAAACAGAAUAUAUAUGUAUAUAUUUAUUAAUCACUCCUUAAGGACUCCCGUUGCUUUCUUUUGCGUUGCUGUUGUUUGUCUUCUUUUUUUCUCUCACCAUUUCAGCUUCCAUUUGACUUUUUGAAUGAGAAUGAAUAAUGUGGAUAUUUGACCAUUUACAAUGACAAAUGAUCUGCAAACAUUAUUGGUCCAGUAUCUUUCAGUUGCCUGGUUAAUAACGAAUUAACUUUCUCCACGACGCAACCUGGAUUACAUUUGUGGAAUAUACUCUUAUACCAAUGGAAAAGUAUCUAUUUGUAAUACAACGUCACGAUUGUAGCUUAUAACAUAACUGAUCGUAUCUGUAAAAAUAGCUUCCUUAUUACCCAAUUUGGAUAUAAAUCAAAUCAAAAAUAAGAUUCGGAUUUGUACACACCCAAGUUAUAUUGAGGAAUUACUUCAAGCUUUAUUUUUUCCCAAGUAUUUUUAAUCCAUCCAAAACUUACUUGGGUUUUUUUGUUAAUGCGAAGACAAUAUUCCUAUAUUUCAUGAUGUGCUCCAUUGAAUGACUUGUUAUAUUGUGGAAUAACUUCAAGCUUUAUUUUUUCCCAAGUAUUUUUAAUCCAUCCAAAACUUACUUGGGUUUUUUUGUUAAUGCGAAGUUAAUAUUCCUAUAUUUCAUGACGUGCUCCAUUGAAUGACUGGUUAUAUAUUGUUCCCACAGACCUAAGACAAAAACGCCAGCAACCAUGUAACUUAACCAUAAACCAAAUUUAUGAAAUUUAUAUAAUGCUUAUCCAUGCCUGUAUAUUUGGUGUGUCCUACACAAGUAGGAAAAAAUGUGUAUUUUAUUAAAACAUUAUUAUUAAUUAUGAUUGCUAAUCGUAUAUGUAAUUUAUCAUAUUGAUGAUGCCUGUAAACUGGCGUCUCUCAUGUACAAAAUGAGAAUAUACUAUUAUUAUUAU